AGAGAAAGAAUAUGGAAAAGAUCUGUGUAGCAGUCAGGGUGAGGCCGCCGGCGCCGGAAUCAUCACCGGAAAACGGAUCUACUCUCUGGAAAGUCGAAGACAAUCGGAUCUCUCUCUACAAGUCACUCGACACCCCAAUCUCAACCGCCUCUUACGCUUUCGAUCAUGUGUUCGACGAAAGGUCUACGAAUGCUAGUGUCUAUGAACUUCUUACCAAGGACAUCAUUCAUGCCGCCGUCGAGGGUUUCAAUGGUACUGCAUUUGCUUAUGGGCAGACUAGUAGUGGAAAGACGUUUACCAUGACUGGUUCUGAAUCCGAUCCAGGAAUUAUCCGAAGAUCUGUCAGAGACGUAUUCGAUAGAAUACAUUUGAUAUCUGAUCGCGAGUUUCUCAUCCGGGUUUCUUACAUGGAGAUUUACAACGAAGAAAUCAAUGAUCUUUUAGCUGUUGAGAACCAGAGACUGCAAAUUCAUGAACAUUUGGAGCGUGGAGUGUUUGUUGCGGGUCUAAAGGAAGAAAUUGUUAGUGACGCUGAGCAGAUUCUAAAGCUUAUAGAUUCUGGAGAAGUUAAUAGGCACUUUGGUGAGACAAACAUGAACGUUCACAGUAGCAGGUCCCACACCAUCUUCCGAAUGGUGAUUGAGAGCAGGGGGAAAGAAAACGGUUCUUCAGAUGCUAUCCGUGUCUCAGUCUUGAAUUUGGUUGACUUGGCUGGAUCUGAGCGAAUUGCUAAAACUGGUGCUGGUGGAGUACGCUUGACGGAAGGGAAGUACAUUAAUAAGAGCUUAAUGAUUCUUGGUAAUGUCAUCAAUAAACUAAGUGAGAGUGCAAAGCUAAGGGCACAUAUUCCAUAUCGAGAUAGUAAGCUGACUCGAAUUCUUCAGCCUGCGCUUGGUGGUAAUGCGAAGACCUGCAUUAUAUGCACCAUCGCUCCAGAAGAGCAUCAUAUUGAGGAAUCAAAAGGAACUCUCCAAUUUGCAAGCAGAGCCAAGCGCAUCACCAACUGUGCUCAAGUGAAUGAGAUCUUGACUGAUGCUGCUUUACUGAAGCGCCAAAAGUUAGAGAUAGAAGAGCUACGUAUGAAGCUUCAGGGAUCUCAUGCUGAAGUGUUGGAACAAGAGAUAUUAAAGUUAAGCAAUCAGAUGCUUAAGUAUGAGUUAGAAUGUGAAAGGCUAAAAUCACAACUGGAGGAAGAGAGAAUGAAACAGAAGGAGCAGGAAAAAUGCAUCAAGGAGCAACAGUUGAAAAUUGAGAACUUAAACAAUUUUGUCACUAAUUCAGACUUCAAGAGGAACCAGUCAGAGGACUUUAUCAGCUUAAGAAAGACUCCAGAUGGGCUAGGCAAUGUCAAUGAUAGCAGCGAUGUUCUUGGGACCCCAUGCUUUAAAUCAGCUUCACAUUCCUUUGUGGUUGCUCGGUCAAAUUAUUCAGCACUGUCUGAUUUUAGUCCGAUGGUUGAUUCCCUGGGGGACGUGGCCGAUGAAGACACUUGGACGAAACUGAACAAGGGUUUUGUCGCAGACCUUGAUAAACUCCAGUUUACACCUGCAGUUAAAAGUCAACCCAUUCCAUUAACAAUGGCAACCACGGAAUGCAAGCGUGAAAAUCACAAAGAGGUGGAAGAUCUCAAAAGUCAGAUCGAUUUGCUGACCAAUGAGAAGAACAGUCUGCAGGUAAAAUUCAACGAACAAGUACUUCUGAACAACAAACUGAUGGAGGAGAUGUCUGAGCUUAAACAAGAAACGCUUCACAUUAAAGAAAUUCCGAAACGGUUGUCUGAGUUGGUAGCUAUUUGCAAUGAUAUUUACAAGGAUGUUAUAGUCACAAUGAAGAGCUUAAUGGCUGAGAAGGAUUCUCCAACAGCAAAGCUGCUCUUCGGUACAACUGAAAUCGCAACGAGUCUUCUGUUAACUCUAGAAUCACAAUUCUCGAUGAUAAUGGAUGGUCAGAAGGCGGGUUGCGUAGAACAUCCUUUAUCUGAUCAAUGGGAAACACUUAGUGUGAAGCUGAAGAACACGACCACAUCCUUGGUGUCAGACGCACAAGCAAAAGAUGAAAUUCUUCUUAACUGCCACAACAAGGGACAAGAAACAGCUGCUUUGGAGGAGAAACUGAAGUCUGAGCUCAGCAUCAUCAAGGAAAGGUAUAACGAACUGGAGAAAGAGUUGCGUUUGGAUAAACAGCUUCUUGAAGCUUCAAGAGAAAGCCAUGAGAGACUGGAAAAGGAAGUACAGUUUCUGAAGGAAGAACGAGAUUCCUUGGAUGCAGCAACUCAGAGAUUGAGAGUGAUUGCAAAUGAUAAAGAGAAUGUUUUGAAAGAUCUUAACGUGGAAGUGAAGAGAAGGAAAGAGAUGGAGGAAGAGAAUAAGAAAAUCAGCUUCGCUUACGCUAGCAGGCAGAAAUCUCUUAUGUCUUUUCGCAAUGAAAUCAAAUCCAAAAUGCAGAAACUGACCACUCAAAAUCCUAAAUCUCAGUAGCAGAAGCAGCUAUUUGUGUUUAAGUUUAAGCCAUUGUAACAAUUAGUUUAUGUAUUUCAUUGAUAAGAAUAGCUGCUAAUGGUUAUCAAUUACUUAUUUACUACACAA